AUGAAUAAUUUCUUAGAACCUCCUGAUAAUUUACACACUGACGCUGAAUCUUCGCUUAUCCCUAACAUUCACGAUAGUUUAUAAAAUUCUGUUAUAAUCCAAUCAACUCCUAUUAAGUUAGCACAUAAAAAUACAAAUGAAUCUUUCAUUAAGCCAUAGCUUCAGUAAAUUGAUUACUUCAAGGUUAAAAAUUGGUGUGAUGCUUAAGAUGAGUAUGGUGUUUGGAGACUUGGUAGAAUCAAAUCAGCAAAAGAUACACUACGUUCUAUUGAAUUCGAUGGCUGGGGAACUAAAUAUUAGAGACAAUAUUGCAUUCACUCUGAAAAGUUAAAACCUCUCAGAUAUCACACAAUUGGUUACACUGGAUAGAAAAAAGUAACAUUAAGAGACUAUGAGCUGAACAUAGAAGAGCUUAAAUCAGCGACCAUAUAAUUGAAAUACUUAAUGAAACAAGAAGGGCUCAAAGGCUUUUAUCCAUAUGAGUUAACUAGAUUUCUCAGAUGUGACCUUUUCUAUUUGAUUGACACAUGCCUUACAAUCCCAUAUGAAGUUGAAUAGUUAGACACGAUAAAAGUCAUAAAACAAUUUUUUUUUACUUUUCUUGAAUUUUCUAAAAAGUGGCUCAAAAUCCUUCCUUCAGCAUUUCGAAAUAGUUAAGGGAGUUUUCAUCUUGAUCCAGAAAGCUAAUAUAAAAGUCAUGAUGUAGCACUUUUGAAUUCAGGUUUUGAAAUAUGUUUACUGCUUAAAGGUUUGUUUGGAUUCGAUGAUCGAUGUUUAAAGCUUUAUUAGAAUCACAUUGAUGAAAUUUAUUGUCAAGAAUUUAUUCAAGAUUUUAUUAUCGAUAAUGGAAUUUAUAGUGUGGCUGAUGUUCUAGCUUACACAGAUAACACUCAACAGAAAGGACCUGGUAGGAGGAUUUAAUUAGAAAUAAUAUGGCCUUUACUUCGUUCUAUUAUGCUUAUUUUUCGCUAAAUGUCACCUUAAGGUUAUAUGAGAUAGCUAAAAUCUUUUGCUAAAAACACUAUUAACUAUUUGGAGGAUUUAUUUGAAGAUCAAUAAUACGUAGAUUUAUUUAGACAAAGUGAAGACCACAGCAAAUUUUUAAGGGAGCUAUAGAAACUUUUUAAAACAGUAAUUAAAGAUGAAAAAUUCCCAUAAUUCCUUAAUUUCGACAAUUAGAUCUCAAGAUAGCAAACUACAUAAAGGGAAUCACUAUUUUUCUAGCCAAAUAAUGAGUCUAAAUAUAGAUCUAUAUCAAGUUUAUCAAUGGUGUGUAAUGAUAAUGUAGAGCAUGAUGAUAAUCCUUUUUACAAGCAGUAAAAAUCCAGAUUAUAGUCUAGAUAUUAUGAUGAUGAAAAUAGAAAGUAUUUUAAUGAGUUAUACAACUAAACCUAAUAAGAUCUUCAUUUAUAAAAUAAACUAAACGAAUCUUAAGAAAUAGAUAAUGUUCGGGAGUUUUUCGAAGAAUAAUUAGCUAAACCUAAUAUUGUAAUUCAUUAGAAAGACUAAUCAUAAAAUUAAUAAAAUACCAAAAAUAUUUAAAACGGAUAAGAUAAGUUAGAUACUCAUAAUUAUAACAGUUAAUUUGUUUACGAACCUUCAUAGGAUUAAUAGUAAAUAAAAUAGUUGAAUGAUAAUUAAUUAGGAUAAAAAUAACCAAAUUAGUUAAGAAAAUGUUCAGAAGAAAUAUUGAAUACUUAAAACAAUCAUAAAAUACAAGUUUAAAAUAAACAAGAACAAAAUAAUAGUAUUGGAGAAUGUGAUUAAUCAGAUUAGAUGUUAUUAAACUAAAAAAAGGAUAUUAAGUAAUCUACAUUCAGAAAAGACACUUAUCCAAAAAUAACAAUACAUAUAGAAGAUCCUAAUCAUUCAGCUGCAAAUACUACUGGAGAUGAUACAAAGUAAGAUUAUGCUAUCAGUAAAUAAUAUAAUGAAGAGGUUGUAGAUAUAACAUAGAUUAAGAAAUAAUAAGUCAAUUAAAUACCAAGUUAAUCUCAAAGUUUUCUUUAAAGAUAAAAUCAGUUUAAAUUUGAAAAAAAGGAUGAGUCAAUAUCUAAACCUGUCUUUUAUGCUUAAUAACUAGAAUAAAAAAAUUAAGAUAUUGAAAAUUAGAAAAUAAUAUAAAAUGCUGCCUAGUUAAUAAUGGUUGAGUAAGAGCCAUUGUAAAAAUAAGUUUUUAGCCCAUAUGAAAAAAUAAAAGAGUAUUAAGAAGUAGAAGAAGGAUAAAGUCUACAACACUAGCUUUUAAGUGAAUUUAAAAAUAUAAAAAAAGAAGAAUAGAAAAAUUAAAUUAAUUCAGCUGAAGCAAUCAGUGCAAAUAAAUGGUAAUCACAGCUAAGUGAUGGAAUCGAAAAUAAACUAGAAUUUAUGGCUAGUGAAAUAUAGCUUCUUAAAAACUUAGUAUUAUAGCUAUCUGAUUAAAAAAUUUAAUCUUCAUAAAAAUCUCUUGAAAAUCCAAAUACUUUAUAAAUUAAUAACAAUAAUUUGUAAUUGAAUGAAAAAAAUGCUAAUUAAGAGUUGCAAAAUAAAUUAUUAAGUAGUAAAAAAGCUGAAAAUUUUUAAAGUAAUUCUGGUUUUAAGGAAACUUAAAAUACUUAGCAAAUUGCAUUAAGUAAUAAAAUCAGCACUCCUUAAUAGUAAGUAGAUUUUAUGAAAAACUAAAUUGUCAAUCCUUUUAACCCUAGCAUCACUAAUGAAUAAUAAGAAGAAAUAUAAACCUAAAAGAGCUUGAAUUAAGGUUUAGAUGUUUUAGGUAACUAAAAUAAAAUAUAGAUGAGAAAUGAAGUGAAAAGUGAAAUUACUUAGGAAUAUUUGAAGAUUUUAGAAUCUGACUAAAAGAAAUAACUUUCUGAAGAGAUUAAGUCGUAUUUAAAGCAAUAGUAGGUUGAUUAAUAUUAUUUCCCAUAUAAAAGUGAAAAAAAAUAAGAAAGACAUUCAUUUACUAGUGGUGUUAAAUAGUUUGAAUCUGAUAAUUAACAAAACAACACUAAUUUAAGCUUUCAAAAAAUGUUAGAUAAAAUAUGCUUAGAAGGAAAUACUAACAUUUUAAAUUAAAGUGAGAUCAUUAUAAAAGAGGCUUGGAACAAUUAAUUACUUUUAAAAGAAUUUGAGUUGCUUUGCUAAAUUGAGUUUUAUCUAAAAGAAUCUAAUAUUUUAGAUUCUUUAAAGUUAAUAAGGUGGAGAAAGAAAUUAAUUUAGCUUUAAGAUCUUGUAGGCUAUGAGGUAACAAACUUACUCUUGGAAAAAACUAAACACAAAAAAGAAUUUAGUUUGUAGGACCUGCUUUUUGCUAAUGUCAGCUAUCUAAAAAAAAAUUAAUCGUUUUUGAAAAAUUCUGUAUUAAAAAUGGAUUGA